AUGAAACUCCGAAUCACUGACUCCAGAACAGAAUCAUCAUCCUUCGCUUACCUCCUAAUAGUAGCCUUCAUCAGCAUCGCCUACCUAGUGGUGGUUGCUCAAGAUUUGGAGGCUCUUCCCAUUUCAAUUCAAAAGUCAUUCAUUCAACAACAAAUGAAAAACACCAAUGGUGGUGCCUUCUUGCCUGUCGGAAUCAAGGCUAGUGUUCAACAAAGAGCAUUGAAUUACAUGGCCCAACAAUUAAUGCCGUUAAUUCAAAAACAAUUGAAUGCCCCUAUUGCUGUUCCGGAUGUACAGGGUGAAGUUGAGACUCCCAUUGGACAUGUCACAUACCAACUGAGUAGCAUCACUUUGAGUAGACUUGGAUUAUCAACACCUUCCAUUCAAGUCAAUCCUCAAGGAUUGGGUGUUACCAUUAGCUCAGCAACAGCACACAUGAAUUGUAAUUGGCAUUAUAGAGAAAAUUCAUGGCCUCAUAUUAGUGACAGUGGAUCUGCUGAUGCAGAUAUUACCAUUGCCAUUACAUUUAAUGUUCAAGUUGUGAUUCAAGAUUCUACUCAUUUCAAUAUUGUACUUUCUGGAUUCAAUGCAAGAUUCACAAACUUUAAUUUAUCAUUACAUGGAGGUGCAUCAUGGCUCUAUAACAUCUUUUUAAAUAACUUUAAAAACUCUAUUGAACAAGCUGCACAAAAUGCUAUUAACACCCAAGUGGCAUCAGCUGUGAAUAAUGUCUUGAGUAAUACAUUGUCAACAUUGAAUUUACAAAUUCCAAUUCUUUCCUAUGGCGUACUUUUUGAUUCCACAUUACAAAUUGUGAGUUAUACCCCUUCCACUUACAUGACAAUUGGAACUGCAGGAAGAUGUUUUAUUAAGGGACAACAACCAUAUCCAGGACAACCCUCGUACAUGCCAAAUUCACUUGGUAAUGAUGUCAUGAUAGAAAUGUUUGUCAGUGACUAUACUUUGAAUUCUGCUGGAUUUGCAUUUACUCAAGCCGGAAUUUUUAAUUAUUUAUUAACACAACACACAUUACCUUCUGCUAUUUCUUGGAUGUUCAACACCACCAAUCUUCAAUUCUUUAUUCCUGCUUUAUAUAACAAGUAUCCAAAUAGGGAAUUACAAGUAGAUUUCAUAGUACCAACAGCACCAGUUUUUACAAUUUCACCAAAGGGUGUUGAGGUUUCCUUGAUUGCUCAAGCCAUUUUCCAAGUGAUACUUCCAACUGGACCAGUGAAUGCAUUUGCUCUCAAUUUGAACGCUCUCUUGGAUUGGGAAGUGCAAAUUGUUGCAAAUAAUUUGACAGGUUCGUUGCAGUAUAAGAGUGCAAAUGUGACAUUGGCUUAUAGCACCAUUGGGAAUUUGGAUGUUUCAUUAAUUUCAUCGAUUGUAAAUCUAUUAUUCCAAUAUGGUAUUGUGCCUAUUGGCAAUAUUUUGGCCCAACGAGGAUUUCCAUUACCAACUGUUGAGGGAUUGACUUUGCAAAAUCCAACGGUUUCUUAUCAGACGGGUUUCAUUGCUGUGCGAUCGAACUUUGUAUUUGUUCCUCCUUCAAGCAGUAGUGUUUCAAAACAACAGUAA